AUGGGCUGGCUGCAAUCUGGGCUGGGCUGUCGGCGAACUCUGCAGACCAUUGAGAUUGCUAUCCCAGAUGCAAGUGUCCUGCCGGAUGCCUUACGCGAAAGCACUGUUGACUCUCGCUUCUCAUUGUUCUCAGACUCCUGUCAUUUCGUUUUCCACUCUUUGAGUGAUCCGCGCACAACGGGCGAGUCCGUUGACCGGAUACCCCCGCCGCCGCCGCCGCCGCCGCCGUUGUCCGUCCGGUACGUGCGAAGCGUUUUUAGCAGCCGAGUUGCCCGGUUGCCCUACGGAACCAAGACCAUGAAAGGCACUGAGCGUUUCGUGGUCUUUCCUUUCGAUACCCUGCGUUACUGCACCGCCCACCCAGCAUCUUCCGUCCGCUCCAAACCCGGAUCUCAAACAGCAACUCGGUCACAGUCGGUCUUCAUCUGGUAUGCACUGUGCGUGAGACGCAGCACCGACCGCCCGGCCCUCGACGUUGCCCCUGCUGACGAAACCCUGGCUCCUGGACCCCAAAGACAAACUAAGAAAUUCCCAAGAAAGCUACACAGUGGACUUGAGAACAUGGCCGCGCCGCCGGUCGACAGAGCCAUAAUCGCCGAGAAAAAAGGGACCUUUCAACCACGAACUUGUGCCUUGUGUGCUUUGGGGAAGCUUUCGGAAACUAACCUUUCUGGCUCUGGCUGCACGAAGCACGAACAGGGCCUCCGUUCCGAUGCUCAGGGGAACGGCGGGUUGAAGCGGGGCGGCGCCGUUGGAGGAGUCUCAUUCGAUUCGUACAAACACCUCCAUGUUCGGUUCGGUCUUGACCCACGCCAUACUACCGAUAGCGCAACCCGCAGGUAA